AGGAAGCCAGAGUACCAUAUCUUCUCUAUCCCCAUUGUAUUCCCACUAGCUUGUAUGGUGUCUGCCAUGCAAGGAAAGCUCGAGACAUUUUUGUGUAAUAAAAGAAUAGCCAACAUGUGUUAAAUGACGUCUCAGAAACCAUACUGAGUCCUCUGCAUGCAUUUUCUCACAUUGGAGAUAUUACCGUUCCUAUUUUACAGACAGGGAAGCUGAGGUUCAGAGAGGCCAUGUGACUUGCUGCCAGCUCCACCGGUGGCAGGGCUAGGGGUCUCGCUCAAAGCCUGGGCACAAAAGCUCACCACUGCCCUGUCUCCCUUGGGUGGGGGGUGUCCUCAGGGUGUCCCUGGCCCCAGCCUUGCGUCCUCUGCUCUUUUGUUCCUGUGAUUCCUGUGGUGUAUGUACCUUUGCUGGCAUGUGAGAGAAUUCUUUCUAGGCGGUGACCAGUUAAGUAUUUUUUAAAUAACUAGAUAUUUAUUUAAUGUGUAUUGGGGGGAAACGACUUAGCACAACAUACUUGUGGUUUUCCUGCAAUUAUUGCUUAAGAUAAGCCUGAAGUAAUAGAAGUGAGUUAUUCAAAGUUCAUUUAGGGAAAAAUAUUAAGCAAAUAAGGUGUCAGGUGGCGUAAGGAUAUGGUGAAGAUUUGGGAUGUUGAGUGACUGAAGCUUGGGGCUUUCCUGUGGGUGUGUGAAACCUGUGCCCCAAAUCCCAGCCAGUUCUCAGGGCCCCCUCAGGGUGGGCAGGUCUCAGAAUCUCAGCCCAGAACACCCAGCAGACUGUCUCAUGUGCUGUUUCUUUUCUCCGGGCAGGUAGGUCAUCUUGAAGGAGGGCCUCAUAGACCAGACACAGGUUGAAAGAAGGGCCUGGGGGUCUACCACACACCCAGCCCAGGAGGGCCCCACGGUUGCACCUUGCCCCAGCUCUGGGACUUGGCUGAGGAAGACAAAACUGCAGAGAGCCAGAGAGGAGACCCCAAGAGGAGCAAAGACCAGCGCUCACACAGGUGGCAGCUCACACAGGUGGUGGCCUGGCUCCAGCUUCUCCGCAUCACUAAGGAGAGGCAGCACCAUGCUGGGUCCCCACCUCCCACCUCCACCUCGUGGACUCAGCAAAGACAGGCCUACCCCCUGCAACUUCCAGAUCCCUGAUGGGAGCUACAGGUGUCUGGCCUUGGAGGCUGAGGAGAGCAGUGGCGAGGAGGGCCUGCAGGGAGAGGCCGGGCUCAUGAACUUGGAGGAGGACAAGGUGGCCAGCAGGAGUGGGGACAACUUGGCCUGCAGAGCCACCCAAGGGGCACCAGAGCUGCCCCAGACCCUGGGCAUCCAGGCACCCAGCUGCUCCAGGGCAGCCCGAGGGGGUCCCCAGCAUGAUAGCAGGACCAGCCAGGACUGGGACAUGGUGAAGGCUCAGCAGGUGAUGUCCCCCAGCCCCCGCCCCAGCGCUGGGCCCACGGUUGCCCAGAAACCAGCAUUGGGCCAGAGCACCAGCAUCGAGAGAGAUCUGAAAGAGGCCAAGGCCCGGAGCCGGCAGAUCGCAGCCCAGCUGACCACCCCUCCCAGCUCCAACUCCCGCGGGGUCCAGCUCUUCAACAGGCGCCGGCAGAGGGUGAACGAGUUCACCUUGGAGAACCACGGCCGGAGGGGACAGAAGCCCAGCCAGGAGUCCCUCAGGGUGCCCCCUGCCAGCCCCACGGGCUAUGCCUCAGGGCUCAGCUUGAGUCCCACCUCACUCCCUGAACCAGGCCCUCCAAGGAACACCGACAGCCAGAGCCCUGACGUAGGGGUCCCUGCUCACAGCAUGGAGGGAUGUUCAGAGAAGGCCAACCUGCUGCGGCACCUGGAGAGGGUGGCCAGCGAGGAGGAAGAGGUACCACUGGUGGUGUAUUUGAAGGAGAACGCAGCCCUGCUGACGGCCAAUGGGCUGCACCUGUCCCAGAACCGAGAAGCCCAGCAGAGCCCAGCAAGCCCGCCGACGGCUGAGGUCCACAGCCCCGCUGCAGAUGUCAACCAGAACCUUUCCUCCCUCCCCGCCGCCCUCAUCACACCAGCCUCUAACAGCAACCACAGCCCGCCGGCCGCAGCCAUCAACCAGAACCCGCCGGCACCUGUCACUCCGCAGAGCCUGCCGCUUUCAAACAGCCAGCAGCCCUCGGAGGCCCAGCUCCCUCCCAAUGGCACCGUGUCAGAUUCCAAACCCGGCGCCCUGUGUUCCAGCGGGCAGCCCCCGGAGCCAGCCGCGGAGGUGAGGUCCAGCACGCUCCUCAUUGACAAGGUGUCUGCUCCACCUAGCACCACCAACACCUUCUCCAGAGAAAUGACUCCGCCCUCCAGCUCCGGGACCCCAGCCCCAGAUUUCAUGUCCAGCUCCCUGCUCAUUGAUGUACAGCCCAGCGCCCCAGCAGGGUCAGCAGAGCAAGAGACACCUGGGUGGGCAGCCACACCCAUGCCCGCCAAGCUCUACAGCGAGGUCCACUUCACACUGGCCAAGCCCCCGUCAGUGGUCAACAGGACCGCCAGGCCCUUCGGGAUCCAGGCGGCAGGGAGCACCAGCCAGAUGGAGCGGAGCCCCAUGGUAGAGAGACGACAUCUCGGGGAGAAGGCCCUGGCUCCCCAGCCCCCCAGCAUUGCAGAAAGGAGCCCUCGGCCACAGAGACACGUGAUGUCCCAUAGCCCCAUGGUGGAAAGAAGGUCUGUGGCACAGCGAAGCCCUGCCUUGGAGAGACGGCCCUUGGGGAACUUCACCCCACCCCCCACCUAUGCCGAGACCUUGUCCACGGCUCCCCUGGCUUCUCGGGUUAGGUCUCCUCCCUCCUACUCUGCCCUUUAUCCCAGCUCCGACCCCAAGCCUUCUCAUCUGAAGGGCCAGGCAGUUCCUGCCAGCAAGACGGGCAUUUUGGAGGAGUCGAUGGCCCGCAGGAGCAGCCGGAAAUCCAUGUUCACCUUCGUGGAGAAGCCCAAGGUGACCCCGAAUCCAGACCUGCUGGAUCUGGUACAGACGGCCGAUGAGAAGCGGAGGCAGAGGGACCAGGGGGAGGCAGGUGUGGAGGAGGAGCCCUUCGCGCUGGGGGCCGAGGCCUCCAACUUUCAGCAGGAGUCAGCACCCCGGGACAGGGCCAGCCCUGCGGAAGAGAUCCUCCCGGAGUGGGCCUCGUGCCUCAAGUCACCGCGCAUCCAGGCCAAGCCGAAGCCCAAACCCAACCAGAACCUGUCUGAGGCCUCGGGGAAGGGGGCUGAGCUCUAUGCCCGCCGCCAGUCCCGGAUGGAGAAGUACGUCAUCGAGUCCUCGGGCCACACCGAACUGGCCCGCUGCCCUUCACCCACCAUGUCCCUGCCUUCAUCCUGGAAAUAUUCCACCAAUGCUCCUGGCAGCUUCCGAGUGGCAUCCCGUAGCCCAGCUCGGACCCCGCCCGCCUCCCUCUACCACGGCUACCUGCCUGAGAAUGGGGUCCUUCGCCCUGAGCCCACCAAGCAGCCUGCCUACCAGCUGCGGCCCUCGCUCUUCGUCCUCUCGCCCAUCAAGGAGCCUGUCAAGCCCUCGCCGAGAGCCGCCUCUCCCGCCAAGCCAAGCUCCCUGGACCUGGUGCCCAGCCUCCCCAAAGGGGCCCUCCCGGCAUCCCCGGCCCUGCCUCGGCCCUCCCGCUCCUCACCGGGCCUCUACACCGCCCCCGGCCAGGACGGCCUCCAGCCCACCACCGUGAGCCCGACCUACAGCAGUGAUAUCUCCCCCGUGUCGCCCUCUAGGGCAUGGUCUCCCCGCGCCAAGCAGGCCCCCAGGCCCUCCUUCUCCACCCGGAAUGCUGGGAUUGAGGCUCAGGAUCGCCGGGAGAGCCUGCCCACCUCCCCGCCCUGGACGCCGGGCGCCUCCCGGCCCCCCAGCAGCCUGGACGGCUGGGUGAGCCCGGGGCCGUGGGAGCCAGGCCGGGCGAGCAGCAUGAGCAGCCCCCCGCCGCUCCCGCCGCCGCCGCCCAUGUCUCCCUCGUGGAGCGAGCGCUCGGUAUCCCCGCUGCGACCCGAGGCCGAGGCGCGGCCUCCCAGCCGCCAGCUGCAGGCCCUCCUGGCGCGAAACAUCAUCAACGCGGCCCGGCGCAAGAGCGCCUCCCCGCGGCCGGCGGGCGCCGAGAGCCUGCGGCCCUUCUCUCCGCCCGGGGCGCAGCCGCCGCCGCCGCCGAUCCCGCGGAGCCCGCUGCCCGCCGGGCCCUCGCCCUGCGCCAGCCCCCGGAGUCCGCUGCCCGCGACGCCCAGGCCCUUCCCCUACCGCCGCUCGCCCACGGACUCCGACGUGUCCCUCGACUCCGAGGACUCCGGGGCUAAGUCGCCCGGCAUCCUCGGCUACAACAUCUGUCCCCGCGGGUGGAACGGCAGCCUGAGGCUCAAGCGUGGCAGCCUCCCCGCGGAGGCCUCCUGCACCACCUAAAGCCGCCCCCGCUCCCGCUCCAUCCCCACCCCGGGAGGGCUGAGCCAGAGGAAGAGUCGUGGGGCUUGGUACAUCCCAGCAUCACGUCGGGGAGGGAGGGUGGGGGGGGGGUGAGAUCUGGCCGCUUUGGACAAGGGGUCAGGGGAGGAGUGCUCUGGGCUUGGGGCUGGGGUAGUGAUCCAGGCUUGGCUUCUAGCCCUUAUUCUAUCAUUCAGUCAUUGUGUGACCCUAGGCACGACCCUUCCUCAGUCCGACCCUCAGCUUUACCUUCUGUUUAAUGAGACUUUGGCCAAGGCCAUCUUCACAAGUCUAAAUUUCCCCUCCCCUCCCAUCAAUACGCAUACAAACAUGCGUGCACACACCUGCCUUGAAAGAGUCAGGGUGUUGUGUAUAUGGACCCCUAGACUCACUCCAGUACAGGGUUCCAUACUCCUCCCUCUCUUCCUGGCUCUGCGCUCUGGAGUCUGGCAAAUGAGGGGUGUGUUCACAAGCUCCUAGGCCUAAGUUCCCUGUCCCCACCCUGGCUUGACCAUCCGCCUCCCUGGCACCAAGUCCCAGGCAGGAGCAGCUGUUUUCCACCCCUUCCCAGACAAGCUCUAUUUUUACCAUGGUGACCUUUAGAGAGGUUUCCCAGGCCAGCUCAAGGUGCCCCGCUGGCUCCUCGGGAGAUGAGAGGUGGAAAGAUUCCUCCUCCCAGAUCCCUCUCGUGCUUUUCCUGCACCAGCUCACACCGCCGGGGUCUCUUAUCUGUGGCCAGAGGGGAGAGUUGGAAGGUGAUGGCUUACAACCCCAGCCCCAGGACUUGGGCCUCCAGGAAUGCUAAAAAAGGUGCCCCCAACCCAUCUAUCUUUUCUGGGCCCUUUCAUGGCAGGUUCCAGGCUCAACGCUGAGCUGGGGAGAGAAGAGUUGAUAUGGGGCUAUCUGCUCUCCUGUGACUUUACCUGAUGGCCCUGAGUUGAGGUUGCCCACUUGGAAAAGGGGAGGCAAGAGUUCCUUGUUAUGGGAGGUAUUCAGGCAGUAGCCUGGAUGCAUAGAGGAGAUUCUAGUAGGAAGUGGAUUGGCUCAGAUGACCUCUGAGGGCUCUUCCAGUCCUCACAUGCAUUGCAUGGGGUUAGGAAGGGAGGCGGAUGGUGGUGGAGGAUUGGCUGGGCAGAAUUUGGGGAGAGAUGAGCAUGGGUGGGUGAGUGAGGGGUUAGACUAGAGUCUGCCUCUGUUUCAGGUUCCUUAGGGAAUACCCCAUUCUUCAGUUAGGCCCCAGUAUCCAUAUCAUACCCAGAUGAGUGGGCACUGUUCUGCCCCAUCUCUUUCCCGUUACACUCUGGUCUAGCUGGUGUCCGGUGCCCAAUGACCUUGAGGAGCCUGGCUGCAGGCUGUGGCCUGUCGCUCAGAUCUUGGGGUGGUCCUCAUUCCAAUCCCCAGGAGGGACAUGGGAGGAAUGUGGCUAAAUUCUGUGGUUUCCAGAGUUGGUUGGUGGUGCCCUCUAGAGGUUCAGAAUAUCAGCUUCAGGAUACUAAGUGCAGAAGAGGGUGGGGUGGGGCGCUGGCAUCAGCUGAGGAUCAGAGAUGUAGGAGAAAGGAUACCAAGGAUGUUGCUAACAGUGAGGGACCGAGUGCGAUUUGGGCUUACUCACCCAUCAGGUGAUGUUAGACCUGGAACCCGUAAGUAAGGCUAGGGAAAGCUGGGGUUAGGGUGGGAGAGAGUCAGUGGGGGUCUUUGGAAUUGAGUGAUCCCAGAGGGUGCCUAGGGCCUAAGGAUGGGGAACACAGGCCCUGACAGUGGGAAGAUAAGAGAGUGUUCCUGCUUGGUCGAUGAUGAGUUGACCACAUUUACUGAAGUCCCCACCUGCUUCAGGGUUCCUUGUAGCAUGGGAGACUGGGGCUAAGGGCCUCUUUCACAGAAGAGAUGCUAUCAGGCCACUGGUUGAUGCCGUAGCCUAGAAAAUCCACUUCUGCCUGCAUUUCCCCCAAAGAACCAGCAGGAGGCAGCCCUGGAAAGCUGCAGUUCCACCUGGCUGCUCUCCCUGUCACGGCUUUCUCCCCCCAUCCUCUCUAGCUCACUAGACACUGCCUGUGUUCUGUCUUUUGCCUCCUGUAGAAUUCAUCUCUGGCCCUCAAUAAAUGCUUCCUGCAUC